UUUCAAUUUUUACUUUUGCACUAUCCACGUACAGAUAUACUCCGUACUUAGUACUACGUAAUAAUCUAGUAAAAUGACAUUUGCAUGCAGAAAUGGGCAAUUUGUAAGGUUGUAGAGAGAAAAGUGAAGCGCAUGAAUCGGCUAGAGAAGUUUGGGAUAGUACCAGAGUGUAGCUUCUUAGAAGGGAUGAAUGCAUGUUUGAUAUCAACUGUUCCGCAAGGAUUUUAUGACAAAGUUGAAGAAGGUAGCAUCAUUUUAAAGAGAUGUUCCACCUUUCAUUUUUGCAAAGAGGGUGUUUUACUUAACAAUAAUGAUUCAGAAUCACCAAGCCUUAUCAACAACGACUUGGUUAUUUUUGCUACUGGUUUCAAAGGGGACCAAAAACUCAAACACAUUUUUUCAUCACCCAAAUUUCAAGACUAUAUUAUGGCCCCUCAAUCCGAUACCCUUGUUCCACUAUACAGGGAAUGUAUUCAUCCGCGAAUCCCACAACUAGCGAUAAUUGGAUUUUCAGAUAGUCUAUCAAACUUGUAUUCCUCAGAGUUGAAAUGUCGUUGGUUAGCAGAGCUAUUUGGACGGAAGUUCAUGCUACCAAGUAUACAAGACAUGGAGAAAGAUGUAUCAACAAUAGAUAAUGUAACAAGGAAGAAUUCAAAUCAUGACAGCAAAACUUGCAUCGGAGCACUUCAUAUCUGGCAUAAUGAUCAACUUUGCAUAGACAUGGGUUGGAAUCCCAAAAGAAAAAACGGGUUUUGGGCCGACUGGUUUGAGCCUUAUGGUCCCAUGGAUUAUACCCACCCUUAGCUCAAUUAAUAGUCAAAAAUUCCAUAGCAAAAACUUUUUGCGACAGGGUUAACAACCAAAUCCAUCACUAUUGGCCUUUAGUGACGGAAUUUUCCGGUACAAUUUCUUGUAGUGUUAAUAUGAACGUAUUUUAACCACCUUAUGAUUAAUAAAAAGAUUUUGU